UGCAUCUCCGACCCUGUCCAUCCCAUUGUCAACCCUACAAAAUGGUACAUAACAAACAAUUUUUUAGGAUGAGGCUAACCAUUGAAAAGUUUUGCAUUUGGGUGAUUUUGUACAAUUUCCCUCGAAGAGGAGAAAAGGAUUAAAGAAUACAAAUAAACUAAAUCAAGCCCUAGCCACCAAAGCUAUCUUUGACACCCUCGACGGCGGUUAAAUACUGCUACCCGACAUCGAUUUUGUUCUUCCUCCGGUGAGCAACGGCGGCGCGACACCGAGCAACUUUCCUUGCGUUAAGGCGAACCCAACAGCGUACUGUUCUCCAGUAAAACACCCGGCAGAAGUUGGACUCCAAGCAGUGGUGAGCGACGACCUGCAGCGAACGCGAACCAGCAAACUCCGACGACCCAUUCUUCAGCGAAAAGUGUCUUAGCAGCUUUCAACAACGCAAUUCCCCAUUUCGACAAGAGCACAGAAUGAAAUUGUGGAGUUUUUGAGUGUCAAGAAGUGGCCAUUGAAGACUUCAAAGUUUUGAAAAUGAAUUCAGAAGCCUUGCAGGUAGCUAAGGUCUAUCGCCAGCUUCUUAAAGCUGUAAAGAAUCAUAUUGGAAAGGAAGAGAGCAAGAAGCAUUUUGUGGACUAUGUGGCUCAAAAGUUCAGGGAUAAAACCAUACUUUCAAAACCCCACUCUGUUCAACAGGAAAUCAAGCUUGCUCUGGACUACACAUUUCUACUUAACAGUGUGCACCAUCAAAAGGACUUGCUGUUCUCGUACAAUAUUGCUGUUGAUAGAUCAGAGGAAAUGAAGCGAAUAUUGGGCAAGUCUGCAGCAAGUGUGGGGCUUAAACUUCCCGAGCCUUAUCAACCCUGAUGCCCUGUGGUUGUUUUAUUAAGAAGCAAUUUUUUACCCUAAUCAAAGAAGAAUAAGCACUUGGAUGAGCUGCCAACUUGCCAGCAAACUUACAUAUUCUUGAUCUUUUUCUACCUUUUGAUGCAUCAAUUUUAUGUGCACCGAAAGAAACAAAGGGGGGCGCUAAAAUUUUUAUCAAAGGUUAGAUUUUUCUUCUUGUUACUACUUCUGAAGGUGAAUUUGACAGCAAUCUGGUGUGUUCUUUGGUUCAUUUCCAACUAAUAUAAACUUGAAUAAUGUGAAAAGGAGCUACUUAGAAAGACCUUCUAUUCUCAAUUCUGAUAUUAAUAUUGAUGCUAUGUUGUUUUAUUGCUGAUAAAACAAACUUGAGCUUACUUAUA